UGACACUGACAUUUGUAGCUGACAUUUGAUGGGUGACACAUGAGUUAAGUUUUCCUUUUUUCGAAAAACUAUAGUAGGUAAUUAAAGGAAUAUUAUAUUAAAUAAAUAUCAUAACGGCGAAAUAUAAACAUGGCUAAUUCAGGAAAAGGAACCUUCCAACCGGACUCGGACGUUCACAUUUCAUAUGAAGAUCAACAAAAAAUUAAUAAAUUCGCUCGUCUAAACGCGAAGGUUGAUGAUUACAAAGACGAAUUGAAAGUUAAACAGAAUGAUAUGAAGAACUUAGAAGAAGCUGUGGAGGAGCUAGGUCUCGCAGACGACACGGAGAAGAUACCCUACCUCAUAGGAGAAGUGUUUGUUUGCCAGAGCUUGGAGGACACAUUGAAGUCUUUGGAAGAUGCAAAAUCAAAAAAGGAAAAUGAAAUAGCAGAAUUAGAAGGCAAAUGUGAACAACUCAAAUCUCAAAUGGGUGAACUGAAAGCUCACUUGUAUGGAAAGUUUGGCAGCCACAUAAAUUUAGAAAAUGAAGAAGAAUAAAAAUCUCAGUGCAUGGUCCAUUGCAAUGUGUAUUUAUUAUGCUUUCACAACAUAGGUACAUUUUGUUUCAUUUUGUAUUAUAAAAACAAUAAGUUGUUGAUUUGUAGGUUUUUACAAUCAUAUUAAACUAAAAAUACUGUCAAUACAGGAACCAAUUAUUCUUAAUUUGUAAAACCAAUUCAGUCACACAAAAAAGUAUGCUAUAGAUUUAUUUUAAUGUAACAUCUGAUAAAAUAAAAAAUUGUUUUAUUUGUAAAUAUUGACAAAACUUCUAUUUCCUCUCUUUAAAAUAUAAAAUAUUUCACUGAUUUC